AUGACAACGGCGACUCACUAUUGCUUGCUAAGCCACGGCUUGGGCCGGCGGCUUAGGCUUCGCAAAAUUGAAGCCUGGGCCAAAGCCCUGGUCAGGCCGUGUCCUAGGCCUGGGCUGGGCCUGGCUGAAUCAGGCCCGGCUUGGCCUGGCCCAGGGCUUGAAGCCGAGCCGGAACAUCACUACCCUGAUCCUGUAUAUGCACCUGAACGUGGACCUGUAUAUUCCCGUCGGUAUGAUGUUGACGAGCGCCAGCAUCUCCCUCCUUAUGAUGACCAUCCUGCAGCUACAAGGGGCUACCAUGAUUGGUACAAUCAGCGAAGGAUGUACCAAGAGUCACGGUGGAUAGAUCAUGAUGAGGGUUUUCCUGGGUACUCACGCGAGGCUCCACCACCUCGCAGUCUCUCUCCAAACAUUCCGCCUAUGGCGCCGCCUUCAUCAUAA